CGCGUUAACUACUAAAGAAAUAAUGAUUCCAUCGGUAAAGAAUAACUGAAAAUUAAUUAUUAGUAAAACAUUAAAACGAAACUCUUUCGUGCUUUGGAAGUGUUCUUUUAUUUUAUGUGAAAAUGAUAUCUGCAGUGAACUUUAUCAUAUUAUUUUAGUUUCUUUUGUGGAAAAUAUCUCUGAAGUUCUGCGCUUAUUGGAAUAUAUUUGGUGUAAGAAAUGCUUAAUGCCGGACCCAAGAUUUAAGCCGGUAGCGGCUAGUGAUUCUUCUGCUUCAGAUGAAGCUUCUAAACUAGAACUUUACCUACAGAGACAACUUGAGGAGGAUGUAGCAAGAAUAUUUGAUGAAUCAAUUUAUUCUGAUUUGGAAGUGGUUUGUGGAAAAUUAAAAAUACUAACCCAUUCUUGUAUACUGAAAGCACGUACAAACGUAUUUUACAACAAGCUUGAAGCUAUUCUGCAUGUUAAUAUUGGAAAAGAAAUCUUUGAUGAAAUAUAUUCAUUCAUAAGUGAUGCCUACACUGAAUGUGAUAUAAAAAAUCAGGAAAAGGAAAUUUUGAUUUUUCUUAAAAGUAAAAUAUUCAAUAGUUUGUCCGAGUCAAAUAUAACAAAAGAAAACGCAGAUGACAUUGAUGUAUUUUUAACACCCAGCUGUACAAGUCCUUAUACAGACAAUAAAUACCCACAAAUUUCAUGUCUUAGUCCAAGUACAGAAUUAACAAAAGAAUACUAUGCUCUGGUACAUAUAGAGAGAAAUUUACUAGAACAAGAAUUAAUAGAACAAGAUGCAUUGUCAAAUGCUUUCCAUACUAUAAUAAAAUCGCAAGAUAGAGAAUCACAUAAAGUUUUACAACGGAAUAAACCCACUUCAUUGUCACUUAUAUCUAGUCACUCUUCUAAAACUACAAAACAUUCCAAUAAUUGUGAUAUUUAUAACGAAUUGCCCAAUGAAAUUACUUUUGUCAAAAAUUGUGAGAAGAAAUCCAAUCAAUCCAAACCUAAUCAAAGUACAAAAACAUUUCAAACGCAUAAAGGCUUUGAAGAUAAUUUAAGUAAGACAAUUUCUAAUGAUAUAUUAGCUGAAAAAAUAUUAGACCCUACAUAUUCUCCGGAUAGCUUAAUAACUGACGACCCUAGUUCUUCUUCAGAUUACUUAUCUGCUGCAUAUACGUGCUCUCCCGCCUUGGGAUCUUCUGGGUGUUUGCCUCAAUUAAAUGUUGGUGAUAAUAGUACCAAAAUGGAAAAUAUCUUUACUUCUUCCGAUUCUGGUCUGGAAAAUACUGGUAUGUUGGAAAGUUUAACUAGCCAUAAAGAUGUCACGUUAACAGAUAUAUCAUUAACUGAAAGUACCUUGAAUGAAUUUACUACAGAAGAAGCUAAUCAUUCACAAGAAUCAAUCUCAAGCCCAGACGCUGAUGGUAUUCAGGCUCAGAGAGUUAAAAUUCAUACUGGAACUUCAUCUUUGAAUGGUAUUUCCGGGGCAGAGGGCUUAAAUAGUCAAAGAAAUGUGUGUCUUGGAAAACAAAAUGAUAUAACAUGCUGCAAGUCGUCUAAAGAAGAAAAACAGCGGCAGAAUGAGGAAAUUGUUAUUCUAGAAUCUUCGUCAGUUUCUUCUGAGACUGGAUCUUGGGAGUCUGUUUUCCCCCCAAAAAUAACAGACAAAGAAAUUUGUGACAAAUUUAUACACAAUGAACGCCUGUAUUUAAACCACUACAAGCCUUUAAAGGAAAAUCCUUCUAGUAAUGACGAUAAGAAUAUUCAGAAUUUUUUUACUAAACAUUCAACGCCAUGUUUUAUCGAUGCGGCGAGUUUGGCAGAUGAAGAAAACCUUUCUGUCCAUUCUCAAAAUUUAAAUACUAUUGGUACAGAUAUCGACUUAGUACCUACUCCCAGUAAACCAGUGCCAUGUUCUACAGUUAUUAAACCAGAUACUAGCCCAGGUGAAUGGUCUGAAAGUAACGAUAAUGAUGACUCAUUAGAACAAGGCGAUAACAAAGAUACAGAUUCCAUACACAAGGAUUUAUCUCCUACUAUAUUUGAGAUGACUCCUAUUACUGAAGAUUCUUUGAGUACUAAGAUUAUUCCGGUCAGUAAAAGUUCAAUUGAAACAAACUUUGUUCCUACUUUAGAAAAUGAAAAGACAGUCUCGCUUGCAUCUAACACUGAUUAUAUGGGCACAACACCUCACAAUUCUAUCAUGUCACUAAAAAUAUCUUCUUUAAAACAAUAUGAAUCUGAAGAAAGUGAACACGAAACCAUUAUUAGCAGAGAGAGCUAUUCCAGUUUUCUAUCUGGUAAGUAUAAUGAAUCUUCUCCUAUUGUUUCAAGUGGUACUUCAAUAGAAGAAGUUCGUACUCCUAAAUUAGGAAUUCAAACUAGCAGUCCUUUAAUUCGACGAAAAAUAGAAAACACGUCCACAGUGACGUGUGAAUCAUUUUUAAAUGAAGAUGAUAAUAGCGUCUCCAAAAAGCCGAAACCUGUAUACGUAUCGGCUUGGGUUGUUGAUAUGUCUAAUCCAAAAGAAAUGGAACCAGAGAUACCCUCAUCUAACUUCAACUGUAAAAAGCCUGGUGAUAGAAAUUUCGAAAACUUGAAGAAUGAAACAAAAGCAUCAAGUAGCAGUGAUAAUUGUAAAAGCCGAAGUUCUGUUGACUCUGAUAGCAGUGAAAAAUCUGGUCAUAAAUUUUUCAUAGAUCUGUCCACUUUGCCAGAUCCUUUACCUCCGGAAAAACCAACAAAUGACAACAGCAAUGAAAAAAUGAACAUGUUUUCUAUGUAUAUAGAUUUGGGAGAAAAUACAACACUCAAAGAGAUGCCUUCUAGAUUGUCAUCUUCCCUGAGUAAUAAAAAACAAGUAAUCGAAUUUAAAAGCUCUUCAAAGCCUAAAUCUCCAAAAUCCGUAAGCAACGAAAAAAAAGCAAGUGUUUCUUCAAAAUCACACGAUCAUAGUAUGAGUUUCGAGAGAUAUGAGUCCCUCUGUAAUGAUCCUAACAUCAGUAUAUUGGAAAUUAUAUCUAUUCCGGAGCCCAAUAAAAGUCCAAAAAGUAAUGAAUUCUAUGAAACUGAGAACAAAGUUGAAAAACAAACUCUGCAACGUGUUUUUGGAGAUAAAUCUUUAAUGAUGAACACGGCAAAUGUUAUACACGAGGAAACCAUCAAUGCGGGAGAUCAGACGGUAGAUUUGUUUGUUAAGUUAUCAGAUUUAGAUAAACCGACCGUAAAAUCCGAUAUUUUUGAAAGAGAAUCUUUCGAUCCAAGGAUGACUAGAUCGAUUCCAGAUAAAAAUUGGCCCGAAAAAAAUGUUCAAUCGGUAUCAUCUAGGUCUAGUGAAGUAAUUAGUUCAUUUCAUUCUGAAAAUGCAUUGAGCUUAAACAGACUAUUUCCUCAUUUAAAGACCGAGUUUAGUAGAAGUAUGCCAAUUUCAUUAUCUGGAAGAACACGAUCGCCUUUGCGGCCCGGAGUUUCAUCAAGUGUCGGUGAAAUAGAUGAACAGUUGUCAGACGUCUCCGAAAUCAGCAGCGUUCAAAGUAGUCGCUCUGUAAUCGAUUUAAUUUCAGAAAAUAGUACCACCGAAGAAACAAGUCAGACAUCUAGCUUAAUCGGUAAUUGUCAGUCUCGACUUGGCCAAGACUUGUUACGGAUGUUUUUGGAAGAAAUAGCUCCAGAUGUUAUAGUGGAAGUAUCAGGGAAAAGAAUCAAGGCCCACAAGUGUAUAUUGUCAUCAAGGUGUCAAUAUUUUGCCGGUAUUCUAAGUGGAGGUUGGGUGGAAAGCGCUGGAAACGUCAUCGUGUUACCUCCGUUUUCGUUCAAUGUGGUACAUUUUGCGCUAUGCCAUAUAUAUUCGGGUCUUUCGACUAUUCCCGAUUCUAUCAGUAUUGUGGAACUGGCGACAAUCGCCGAUAUGCUGGGCCUGGAAGGAUUGAAAGAAGCAAUAAUGUUUACGUUGAAAGCUAAAUAUUGUCAUCACUUUCAUCGGCCAUGUCAAGUUUGCACAGCCGGUGUAUUGGAAUGCUUUCCACUAUCAUCAGUUUAUGGAUUAGAUGACUUAUACCGCAAAUGCCUACGGUGGAUUACGAAGUAUUUCGCAAAAGUCUGGCCCACUAAAGCUUUCGCUACAUUGCCUAAGGAGCUGUUGGACAAAUGCUAUCAAGAACAUAUCGUUAAUUUAACAAUUGAAAAUCUUAUUGACACCGUUUAUGGAUGUGGUUUAACAGUGGCAUCACUACAAAAUAACAGAUGGGCAGAUAGUGUAGCGCGAAUGUGUCGUCGUAUGGUUAACGCUGCAGCACAUUUCACUGCGCCAAGGUUACUGGCGGUGCUGGAAGUGAUAUCUACCACCCCAGAUGCGCCUCCACCCGCCAAACAAGCUUUGGACGACUGUCUCGCCGCUGCCAUAGAAUGGGCCCCACCUGAUGAGACGUGCCGGGCGUACGCUUUCCUCUCACACUUGGUAAAGGAAAUCCGAAGCCAACAUUUAUCGAAGCCGGAUCUCAUAACUAACGGAAACCAGAUAUCCAAGGUACCAGAGCCGAACAAUCUUCUCUUCACUCACGCUAGCAGCUGGCGACUGCAAUGCGAGGGAGCUUUAGUGAGAGCUGCUCCCAGAGUCGUAGGCACCCAGGCCUUCAAGGACCUUCCGUCAGACCUUCGAAGGCGACUUCGAGAACUCGGCUGCAUUAUGUAUGGCCCCCAAGCUAUACCACUCACUACAUCGAUGCCUCCAGAUGUAAAAAACAAAAACAAUUACCAUUACAAGCCAAACAAAACUGCCAAUACUUCCACUACUCGAAGUUUGGAUAUGGAAAAAGUACGAAAUUCCUUUGUUCCUUAUAAGCCGAAGCCGGUCGUUGUGAUGGGCUCGAAAGAUAAGGUGACAAGCAACAGCGAACUAAGAGAUAUUAAAAAGCCGAAUAAAGUCACCAUACCUAAAGUGCGGACGACCAAAGCGCAGGAAGAACGUGCGAAAUUUAAUCAGACCAAAUCAUUAACUUCCCAAGAUCGUGUCGUCGUGAGUAAUAAAUCUUCAACCGCUCGCCCACUACUAUUUGGAAAUACGAAACCUAGGUAUUUAGAACCCCGCCUUGUUAAAGAAAAAGAGAGAAAAGCUCCGCCGAAAAAAUUCGUCAACAAAGUCAUCUCAUCCAGUGAAUCUUCGAGAAAUUCAAGCCCAAUCCAAAGUCGGAACUUGCGAAGUAAUCGUAUGACGGUUGCCCAAAAAUGUGAACAUAAAGCACACGCCAUGUCUCAGGAUAGUCUGGCUACUUCUUCAAGGCCACGUACCGCGGAACCAUCCACUGAUUCGUUGAGCGAAUCUCAAAAUAGCAAUCGGUAUGCCACCUACACCAAAACUAAACAUACCAGCAAGGGAUCCGUAGAUUCAGUGAUACCAAAAUGUCACGGUCUUUCACCAUCAUCGUUGUUAAACGCUAACGUUAAAACUAAAAUACCAGUUUAUUUGAAUCAAAAUUCAAUAUCCGCCAACGGCAGCACUAAUAAGCAAGUGACCUUAGCUAGAUUGUCGCACGCCAAUAUUCAAGCGAACACAAAAGGCAAAACGAAGUCUUGCGAUCGUAAGAUAUCUGGAUCUUUGAUGAACGCCACCAAAUCGAGCUCGGCAAAAAUUGUACCAAAAGUUGGAAAGGAGUUCCAGAUGAGUCACUCGCAAACUCGCAAACAAUCUAAAUCUGGUAUAAAAAAUUCAACAAGACGAGAAGAUAAUGAACGGGAGCAUCAUAUUCCCGUAAUGGAACGUUCAGGAACGUUUUUAAAGGACGAACCCACGUUUGGCGAUAAAACAACUAAUAUAGACAAGGCUCUAUAAAGUAAAAAAAAUCAUAUUUUUAUCGAUAAUUUAUGAGAAUUUAUAAGUAGAUAAUCUUUUCCUAUAUACAGGGUUGAAUAUAAAAACACCAUAAAGCUCUCGGCCUUUAGUUGUUUACAUUAAAUAAUACUAACGACUCUUCUUUAACUCGUUUGUAAAAUAUUAAAUACUUAAUAUUUUACAAUGAUACUCUUCUUGUUACUGCUCUGUAAUGUAACAUCGGCAACGGCCCGCGAACUGUUUACAGUGGAUUGACAACCGAUACACUGUCGUCUAUGGUGAUUGUUUCGCUGUUCUCCUGCUUUUCUAUUCAAAGUGUAAUGUUACUUACAGAAAUAAAUGUUUUUUUUUUGUAUGAAAUAAAUUAAUACUAAAUUUUGAAAAAUCGUAGAAAAAAAGUUUAUUGGUUUUAAUGAUGAACUACAGGAGAGAGCUUUCGAGUAUUUUUAUUUUACUUUGUAUAUUUACAUGUAAUGUAUUUAAUGUUUCGAAUUCGUUAAGUUAACGAAUAUAACUGUAUCAAUUAUAACUGUAGCGUUUCAAUGCGCGCCAUGAGAUAUUGUCUAUUAUCGUUCUCAUAGGAUGAGAACGAUUAAUAAUACCUAUGUAUAUUCUCAAAAAGUAAUUUAAAACGCUUUAAUAAAGUAAAGUAAUGUAAUAACGGUAGCGCUACAAUGCGCAACAUGAGAUAAUGGCUUCUAUAGUUCUCAUCCUAUUUCGUAGUAAUACAUAUUCUCACAAAAACGCUGAAAUAAAGUAAAGUAAUGUAGUUAUAUGCCGUGAGGUGACAGCAUAUCAAAAUACAGUUGUUGAAUGUAGUUAUAACGGUGGCGAUAAAAUGUCUAACAUAGCUCUCAUCCUAUCUCGUAGUAAUACGUAAGUAUAUUCAGUGGCGUGCAUAGGGUUUUCGAUCAUGGUAUGCAUUAAAAAAAAGAAGGUAUUUAACAUGAUGUUUUGAUUUUUGCGAAACCCAUUUGGUAUUAUGUAGAUUGCAUCUCCUAUGUAUAGUAAACUCUCCGACUACCGACAAGCGCAGUAAAUCAGUUUUUAUUAUUGUCUGCCAAUACAGCGAUUCCAUUAAUUUAAUGUUUUUUUAGUGUCGGCAAUAAACUAACGUAAAUAAAUAAUGAAACAAAGAACCUGAUCACUGUUAUUCUUAGGUAAUUUGUAUGAAUAAAAUCGCCUGUUUAAGUGAGUCAGUCAGAUCUCUUUUUAAGUGCCGCGUGUUGUAGGUACAUUCCUUCUUUUGCAAAUAAUCUCAAUAAAACGUUAGUUACGGAUUUUUUCAAACUUAUCUACCUUUCUCGAGCACAGUGAACCAUCAGAUCACACGCCGAAUAUAAGUCCUUUUUUACAAUAUUCCUAUCAAUAACUACAACCAGUACUCUCACAAAGGUUAAUGUAUCUCACUACAUCAUGAUGUGUAAAAAACCUAGUUCAGUGAAUAUAAAUUGUUAUGACAGAAGGUAAAAGAUAAACAAUAAUGGCGCUUGGCGAUCGACAGCGACGAGAAUAUCAUAGUCAAAAUAUGUCCGUAAUAUUUUCAUAGUACACAAAUGUGUUACAAAUAAAUAAAAUAAUAUUACUACAUUUUUUAUAAAAAUGGAAAACAUAGAAAGAAGCAAAAUCGUGUUCUUGCACUUUCUAACAACGUAUGCAUUUAAUAGUAUCCAUGCAGAGGGCGCAUUAAUUCGAGCAACGAAUAAAUGAUUUACCCGACAAAUAAUGUUCUAUCGUGAAUACCCCAGCUAGUAUUAUAAGAUUUUAAUUAUAUUUCAAGUAUUAUUUUUUAUUAAAGGGAAACUGUUUACAAUCCAAAAUCAAAAUAAAAUCCAAUUAUUAUGAAGUUCUAUUUUAGCUGAAAAAAAGGCAUAUGCUUACCCUGAGGUCAGGGUAAGCACUGCUUUUAUGCAUCUGCGAGUUGCACGCCACUGUGUAUAUUCUCAAAAGUAAAUGUAAAACGCUGUAAUAAAGUAAAGUGAUGUAGUUACAACGGUAGCGGUACUAAGCGCCAUGAUAAAAUUUAUACCAUCGUUCUCAUCCUAUCUCGUCGUAAUGCAUAUGUUUAUUCUCAUAAAAUGGAUAUGUUGUUUUGAUAAUUUAAAAUGCUGAAUUAAAUUACAGCAAUGUAGUUAUUUGCCGUGUGGUGACGGCAGAUCAGAAUACAGUGGUCACCACCCCAACUCUUUUCGCGGGUGUCGUACGAGGCGACUAAGGAAAAAUAACGAAGAACGGGCAGCAGCGUCCUCUGUACUACUACUACCAUCUACUGCGUUCACCCAACCGUCUGUCCAGCAUGGUGAUAAUGGGAAACACUCCCGUUGGGUGACGUCUUUAGUGCAGCAGUGGACUGCUAUAGGCUUUUGAUUAAUGUAGUUAUAACGGUAUCGCUAAUUGCGCGCCAUGAAAUAAUAUCUACCAUAGUUCUCAUUCUAACUCGUAGUUAUCCGAAUAUAUAUUCUCAUAAUAUGUAGAUGUUGUUUGAUAAGUUACGUCGCUGUAAUUAAUUAAAGUAAUGUAAAAAUAACGGUAGCGUUAAAAUGCGCUUCAUAUAAUAAUUCUACCAUAAUUCUCAUUCUAUCUCGUAGUUAUACUAAUGUAUAUUCUCAUAAUAUGUAGGUUUUGUUUGAUAAGUUACGUCGCUGUAAUUAUUCAAAGUAAUGUAAAAAUAACGGUAGCGCUUAAAUGCGCCCCAUGAAAUAAUGCUACCAUAAUUCUCAUUCUAUCUCGUAGUUAUACGAAUUAAUAUUCUCAUAAUAUGUAGGUUUUGUUUGAAAAGUGACGUCGCUGUAAUUAUUCAAAGUAAUGUAAAAAUAACGGUAGCGCUUAAAUGCGCCCCAUGAAAUAAUGCUACCAUAAUUCUCAUUCUAUCUCGUAGUUAUACGAAUUAAUAUUCUCAUAAUAUGUAGCUGUUGUUUCGAUAUGUUACGUUGCUGUAAUAAAUAAAAGUAGUGUAGUUAUAACGGUAGCGCUAAAAUGCGCGCCAUGAAAUAAUGUCUACCAUAGUUCUCAUUCUAUCUCGUAGUAAUACGAAAGUAUUUUCUCGUAACAUGUAUGUUAUUUUGAUAAUUUAAAACGCUGAAUUCAAAUAUAGUAAUUUAGUUAUUUGCCGUGUGGUGACGGCAGAUCAGAAUACAGUUGUUGCCACCCCACCU